AUGCCAAUACAAGACGCUGCUCGUGCCGCCUGCGUGUCCCGUGGAUUUCUGCACUCCUGGAGACACUAUUCCAACCUCAUACUCAGUGACCGUACGCUUGGUUUGCUUGGCAGAACAUUUGAGGAAACGAAAACCCAUCUCACUUAUAAAGUCGACAAAAUUCUUACAAACCAUUAUCACAAUGGGGUGAAGGUGAAGACACUUAAACUUAGUCUUGGCCCCUGCAAAGAUAUCAAAGCCUCCUACCUCGACAGGUGGCUCCGGAUCAUUAAACCUGGGAUUCAAGAAUUUAGCUUGGUGUUGUCUUCGGUCAUGAAUAAAAGCUACAGUUUCCCGUGUUCGGUUUUAUCGAACGAGGCCGCUGCAAGUUCAAUUCAGUCUCUUAGCCUCCUUGGUUGCGCUUUUCAUCCCACGUCAAUACUUGGGUGCUUGAGAAGAUUGAAAUGUUUAAGUCUGUGUUAUGUCCACGUUACUGAGGAUGGAUUAGCGCACUUGCUCUCUAAAUCUUCCGUCCUGGAGUGGCUAGAGAUUGAAGCAUGUAGUGGGAUAGUUUGCUUGAAAAUACCUUGUACGCUGCAGCAGCUCAAAUUCCUCAGUGUUCAAAAAUGCAAGAUGGUGCAGUUGGUAGAGAUAGAUGCUCCACAGCUUUGCUCUUUUCACUAUGGCGGGAUACCGGACGCCGAUCAUUAUGGCAGGACACCGGCCAUCUAUGUCCAAAAUUCUUCGCAUCUUAAGACUGUAGAUAUUUCACCUGUCAGCCUGUCUGGUAUUCUCUCUUAUGCUCGCUUUAGCCUUCCGUCUAUCGCGCAAAAUGUUGAGAGCCUCACCCUGCACGGUCGUAGUGAGAAUGCCAACAUUCCGAUGCUGCCGUCCAAGCUCCCCCACGUCAAGAACUUGGAAAUUUCACUCCUUAAACCCUUCUUUUCCCCAAACUAUGAUGUCCUCUCUCUGGUUUCUUUUCUUGAUGCUUCUCCUGCCUUGGAAUCUUUCAUCCUACGUGUAGAGCAGCACGCCAUAAUCCAUGAUCCUGUUGUUGGAGACGACACUGAAUACCGGAGGCAGAAUCUGGAGUGCCGGAAUAACAGCCUGAGGAAGGUAUUGAUCACAGGCUUCUGUUCUGCCAAGAGCAUGGUUGGGCUCACAGUUCACAUCCUCGAGAGAACACAUUCACUAGAGCGCUUCACGCUGGACACAACCUAUGGCUACGAUAGGAGGACUUGUAACAUUGGCAAAUUCCCAACCGCGAGAAUGAUUUGCCAAUGCUGGUCGUUGAGCAAGAGAGGUCUCGAGGAAGCUCAUAGAGCCGUGGAGACAGCGGAUAGAUACAUCAAGGGAAGAGUUCCCUCGUCCGUUCAAUUCGAGGUUCUGGGCCCUGUAGUCGAUGUCAUAUUGGGAAGUAGGUAG